AUGACUUGUCCAUCCUUAGCAGCUUGGAAUAUCAGGGGUUUUAAUAACCCUGAUAAAGUUCUCUGUUGUAGGAAUCUGGUUAAUGAGCAUAGGCUUGACUUAAUUUGUAUUCUUGAGAAUCGUAUCAAUUCUUCUAAUCUCCUGGAUCCUUGGUUUUGUUCUACUCACAAGGUUUUUGACAAUGAACAAAGUUUUAAUAACUUUGAGAAGGCUUCUUCUGGAAGAAUCUGGAUUAAAUGGAAUUUGGAUAAAAUUUCUUUUAUGCCUAAUUUCUCUUCCUCGCAAAUGAUCUCGGGCCAUUUGAUGAUGGGAUCUCAUUCUCUUAUGAUUCUCUCUGCUGUGUACGCCUCUAACUCUUUUGAUGAGAGGAAUAAGCUAUGGGCUGAUUUGGGAGCCGUUAAUCCUCAAGAUUCUGGGAAUCCUAUUGUCAGUCUUUAUAAAAAGCUGAAGCUUUUGAAAAGAGAGAUUAAAGCAAUAAAUUGGAGUAAUUCCAAUCUUAUUGCUAAAAAAUGUGCUUUAUUGGUUGAAAAACAAAGUAGAUAUCAAAGGAUGGUUGAUAUUGACCCACUUAAUAGAGAUUUAUGUGGAGAUCUCAAAAAGAUCACGGCUGAAAUCAAUUACUAUAACUCUCUCCAUGCUUCUUGGAUUAUUCAGAGAUCGAAAAUUAAUUGGCUAAAAAAUGGUGAGGAUGACCUGAAGUUUUUGUAUUCCAAGAUCAGGAAUAGGAAAGCUUUUAAUGGUAGCUCUCUUGUGGCUGCUACUCAACAUAAUCAUGAUCAAGAGAAUAGUAACAUUCCUAGUAUCAUCCAGCUUUUCCAAAAGCUUUACAACUCUGCACCUCCUGAAAUUAAUGAUGUUGGUAUUAUUCCUAAAGGCAAAACUUUAUCUGAAGAGGCUUUCAAUUCUUUAGUGAAACUUGUCACUAAUGAGGAAAUUCGUUUAGCCAUUAACUCUGGCAGUUCUAACUCGGCGCCGGGACCUGAUGGAUUUAAUUUUGAUUUCUAUAAAAAAACUUGGAGCAUUACUGGCCCUCUUGUCUGUAAGGCCAUUAAAUCCUUUUUUUGUAAAUGCUAUUUACCUAUCAGUGCCAAGGCUACUGCCAUUGCACUUGUUCCUAAGAGAUCUCAUGCUGAAAACCUUCAAGAUUUUCGGCCAAUUUCUCUGUGCAAUGUCUUUCACAAAAUUAUUGCAAAAAUAUUGGCAACUCGUAUGAAAAAUAUUAUGCCUGAUAUCAUUGAGAUCAAUCAAGCAGCUUUUAUUCCCAAUAGAGUUAUCUCUGAUAACUCCAUCUUGGCUAUGGAAAUUAUUAAUCUUUUCAAAAAGCAUUAUAAGCUGGAUCUAUUUUGUGCUAAAUAUGAUAUUAGGAAGGCAUUUGAUAUAGUAUCCAGGAAAUUUCUUUUUGCUAGAAUGGCUGAUAAAGGUUUUCCCAUUAUUUUCAUUAAUUGGAUCAAAGCUUGUAUUAACGACAUUUAUUUCUCUAUUUGUCUGGAUGGAUCGAUGGAAGGAUUCUUUUCCUCUUCAACCGGACUAAGACAAGGUUGUCCACUUAGUCCCUUUUUAUUUUGUAUCGUCAUGGAUGCACUUUCAUGUCUUUUAGAUCAUAACUCUGAUGAUAAUGGGUUUGAGGGAUUCAAAAUGGAAAAUUUUCAAUUGACUCAUCUUUCUUAUGCGGAUGAUCUUUUGGUAUUUGGGAAGGCUGAAUCAAAUAAUUGUGCUAAGCUUAUGAGAACUCUUAGCCUAUUCUCCAAGCUUACUGGGUUGCAGUUGAAUUUACUGAAAAGUUCUAUUAUUAUUUCACCCCAUGUUUCUAACCCAAGUGUCAUUUCAAAUGAGCUGCAGAUUCACAAUAUUUCUACUAAGUUCUCUUACUUGGGAAUUCCUUUAUCUUUUAGUAGAAAUAAGAUUACUGAUUUUGCUCCUCUCUUGGAGAAAAUAACGGUAUUACUGUCAGGUUGGAAGGCUAGGACUCUCUCAUUUGCUGGCAGGUUGCAAUUCAUUAAAUAUACCAUAAUCAACUCUGUGGCGUAUUGGAUUAGGAGCAUGAUUAUUCCUAAGUCUAUCUACAAGUACAUAGGAAAGUUAUGCUCUAAAUUUUUAUAUCAUGGGGACAUUGAUAGUAAAAAAAUUCACCUAAUCUCGUGGAAAAAUACUUGCAAACCGUAUUAUUUGGGUGGUUUGGGUAUUGCAUCUUUUCAAGCCUUAAAUUUUGCUUACAAUUGCAAUACUAUUAUGAGAUGUUACAAUUCAAUCUCUACACUUUCUAAGUGGCUGCUAGCUAGAUAUUCAUCUCCUUGGAAACCUACUCCAGCCUAUGCGACGGUGUUCUGGAAAAGCAUUUGUAAAACUGCUGUAGAGACAAGGGAGAAAUUCAAUUUUUUUAUUACUAACAAUAGUCCUAUUUCUAUUCUUUGGGACCAUUGGUGUUUGGGAAAUACUAUCUAUGAAAAAAUUCAAAACAGCCACAUUGAUUUAGCUAUUGACAGUCAGCUGGCGAGCUGGAUUAAUAAUGGGGAAUGGUGUAUUCCAGACACUGUUAAUUCCUCUAUUAGGAAUUUUAUCCUGAAUAUGCACAUUGAUAAUGAUGGUAAGAAGCAUAUAGGAUGGGAUAAGAAGGAAAAUGCUAAGUUUAAAGAUUUUUAUCUAUCUUAUUUUGCGAAUGAUAUCCAGUAUGAUUGGCACCAGUUGGUUUGGCAUUAUAAACAUGCUAUGAGGUAUUCUGUUUAUUCCUGGAUGGCGCUUAGAGGGGGAUUAAAAACGUGUGACGUUUUGGCUGUUAGGAAUAUCCAGGUCAAAGAUAACAUUUGCAAUCUUUGUUAUAGCAAUAUGGAGACUAUUUCACAAAUGUUAUUUGAAUGUGACUAUUCUUUUAAUGUGUUAGUAAAGCUGAUUCCUUCAUUCCAGACACAUUAUUUUAGGCCAACUGUUUACUUAGCUCUUCUUUAUAUUGAUAAUAAGGAUAAGGCUAAAAAGAUCAAGGCUGGUCGCCUUCUUAUUCUGAAUGCUAUUAUUUAUCAUAUCUGGAUUGAGAGGAAUAAUAGAAGGUUCAAGUCUUCUGCUUUAUGUGCCAAUUCUCUGAUAAAGAAAAUUUCAAAAAAUAUUAAUAUUAAGUUGAUGGGAUGGAAAAAUGGCAUUGAGGAAAACACGCGAUUACCGUCGGAAUUUCCGGCUGAUAUUUGUGCGCCGGUAAUCACGACGCAGGUAAUGGGGCAUUGUUGUGCCAGAAAACCUACGGCGGAUUUUCCGGCGCCAACGACGCCGGAAAUGCAGAAAAUCACCGGCAUAAUUACCGGCGGAUAUUACGUCGGGCUACUUAAACUCAGUGAAACAAAUCCGACGAAUGUUGCGCCAGAAACAUUACCGGCAUCGGAUCCGCCGGAAAAUCCGUCGGCGAAAGCCCUAUUUUCAUAA